UUGGCUGUCUUAAAACUCUCGAACGCCUCCGACAGUUCAACUGAAGAAGAAUAACGCCAGGAAAAACUUCGCAGCUCCUGUAUCAGGUAGCUAGCGCAAAGCAUCCUGGGAUUUAAGAACAUUCAUCUAAAAAUUUUUGUGCAUGUGAGUUUUUUCGGGUAGAAAUGGCUCUGUGUCGGCUUUUUCUGGUGUUAUUACUCUUUUUACCACUCAUUUCAUGCAAAAAGAAAUCUUCAUCUUUAGCAUCGGACGUUAUUGAAGAAGUGGAUCGAAAAAAACUAGAAAAACUCAUUAAAGAAGAACAGUUCCUAGCCGUAUUUUUCUAUACUAAAAGUUGUAAAGAUUGUCCUGUAAUACUUCAAGAAUUAGAAAGAAUAGAUGAUGACGCUUCCAAUUUUGGUGUUGCAUUUGUUAAAAACUCAGAAAAAUCAACUGCAAAGAAAUAUAAUGUUACAUCAUUCCCAGCUCUGGUGUACUUUCGAAAUCAGAACCCUGCGAUAUUUGAAGGUGAUCUGAAAGAUGAAGAAAGAGUUCUGGCUUGGUUGACAGAUUUAGAUUCUAUGGAAUUACCUGACAGAAUAGAAGAAGUCAAUGCAAAAAUAUUAGAAAAUCUAAUCGAAGACACGGAUUUUCUUGCUGUUUUACUGUAUAAAGAAGAUGAUGAAGUUUCCGAAAAAGUAUUGGAGAAACUUGAAAAUGUGGACGGACUUGCUGAUGCCAAAAAUAUUGGUAUGGUCAAAAUUGCGGAUGAUAGCUUGGCCAUUGAAUAUGGACUGGAACAUUUACCUUCCUUGAUUUACUAUAGAAAACAAAUUCCUCUGCUAUAUGAUGGUGACCUGAUGAAUGAAGAACAAGUGCUGAAUUAUUUAUUUGAAUUUCAAGAUCUGGGUGAAGAGAAUGAAGCUAUUGAAGAUGUGUCAGCGAAUGGUUUACUUACAUUAAUUGAAGAAUCUCCCUACCUUGCUGUCUUAUUUUAUGACAUCGAAAAUCGUCGUUCUCAGCGUAUCUUAGAAGAAUUGGAAAAUAUUGAUGAUGAUUGCGAACGCCAUGGCGUCUCAUUUGUCAAAAUCGAUGAUGACAAAGUGGCAGCCGAAUUUGGCAUCGAGACUUUACCAGCUUUGGUAUAUUUUGAAAACAAAAUGCCUAAUUUUUAUCAAGGGGAUCUCACAAAAGAGGAAGUUGUAUUGGAUUGGCUUGUCAAACAGACAAGUUCUGAUGAAAUUGAAGAUGUCACUGAUAAAGUUCUGACUCAGAUGAUAAAGAAAACUCAUGAAUUAGUAGUAUUUUUUUAUGACAAUGAUGACGAAGAAAGUUUGCAUAUAAUGGAAAAAUUGGAAGGAAUUAAUGAUAACGAAGCAGAUCUCGUGGUUCCCUUCGUUAAGAUUGAUGAUAAGGAAUUGGCAGAAGCCUAUGGAAUAACUGAUUUACCAAGUCUUGUGUUCUUCGAAAAUCAAGUCCCAAAUUACUAUACAGGAAAUUUAACCAAUGAAGAGGCCGUGUUUGAUUGGUUGAAAGAAUUGCAGUCAUCUGAUGAGAUUGAGAUUGUGACGGAUCAAGUUGUAGAACUGAUGAUUGAUAAAUGUGAAUACUUGGCUGUUAUAUUUUACGACGCUGAUGAUGCUUCUGCUAAAAAAGCCCUAUCUGAAUUGGAGCAUAUUGAUGACGAGACGGACAAAGCAGGUAUUCCCCUCAUCAGAAGCCACAGUAAGCAAAUACCUGAUACAUAUGGAAUCGAAACACCCUCUCUUGUAUAUUUCGAAAAUGGAGUACCCAAUAUCUACCCAGGAGAGCUAUCGAAUGAGGAAGAAGUCUUGAAGUAUCUUCUUGAACAGCAGAGCACUGAUGAAAUAGAGGAUGUCACACCAAAAGUGCUUGAACAAAUGAUUACGAAAAACGAACAUUUGGCUGUUCUUUUUUACGAUAAGGAAGAUCGAAAAUCAAAAGAAGUUGUGAGAGAAUUGGAAAAUAUCGAAACUGAGGGAGGUGAAGACGGAGAUUUACCAUUUGUUCGAAUCGAUAAUGAACAGGUUGCAGCAGAAUAUGGUUUUGAAUCUGAUUUGCCUGUUUUACUAUAUUUCGAAAAGAGAAUACCAUCUGUUUAUCACGGAGAUCUGACCAAUGAGCAGCAGGUGUGGAAGUGGCUUCAUCUUCAGCUGACAACUGAUGGUAUUGAAGAAGUCACUGAAAAAAUUCUCUUCAAUUUAAUAGCUCAUAAUCCAUUCGUGGCUGUUUUAUUUUAUGAUCAUAAAUCUAAAAAGAGUGCGAAAGUAUUGAAAGAGCUGGAAUCAAUUGAUGAUGAUGCUGAUCAGUAUAAUAUUCUUGUAGUGAAAAAUGACAAUUUGCAAGCUGCACAAAAAUAUGGCAUUAAAAAGUUACCUGCUUUGUUAUUUUUUAAAGAAGGUAGCCCGAUUGUGUACGAAGGAAACCUGAUGAAGGAAGAGGAAGUGUUUCAGUGGAUGAUUGAUCUUCUGGCAAAUGAUGAAAUAGAAGACAUUACUGAAAAUGCUCUGGACAGCUUAAUUGACAACAAUGAAUUUGUAGUUGUGUUCUUUUAUGAUAAAGAUUCCAAUUCAAGCACACAAAUUUUGCAAGAGCUAGAAAAUAUUGAUGAUGACACUGACCGUCAUGGAAUCCCAUUUGUUCGAAUCGAUGACGACACAGUUGCGAAAGAAUACGGUAUCCUCGAUGAGUUGCCGAUUUUAGUUUAUUUUGAAAACAAAAUACCCAGUGUUUAUGAAGGUGAUCUUAUGAAGGAGGAAGAAGUUCUGAAAUGGAUCAUAAAGCAAAAGGAAGAGGAUACCAUAGAGGAGGUGACAGAUGAGAUACUUGAAGAGAUGAUCAAAAAAUAUGAAUAUAUUCUAGUAUUCUUUGCUCCCAAUGAUUGUCCGAAGUGUAAAAAAAUUCUUCAUGAGCUUGAAAACAUUGACGAUGAGACAGAUGACAAUGGAAUAUUGUUUGUAACAACAGACGACAUGAAAAUAGCAAAAAAACAAGCCAAACUUACCGAAUUCCCUGCAAUUGUUUUGUUCCGAAAUGGAGUACCCAUGGUAUACAAAGGAGAUCUUCUUGAUGAGGAUGCCCUCUUGAAGUGGGUGACAAGUGAAGAAGCUCUUGACAUUCCGGAUAAAAUUGAUGAAGUGAACUUGAGAAUGUUGGAUAAGUUGCUGGACACUUCUCCUUACGUGGCAGUUCUUUUCUAUAAAGAACAUAAUUCUGAUUGUGAAAAAGUAUUGGGAGAACUUGAAACCAUAGAUAAUGAAGUUGAGGCCCUCGAUAUAGACAUCGUAAAAAUUUCUGAUGCUGACAUCACUGAAGAAUAUGGUAUCAUCACGUUCCCCACUCUAGUAUUUUUCAAGAAAAGAUUCCCACAAUUCUACGAAGGGGACCUCAUGGAUGAACACAAGGUCUUAAAGUGGCUCGUAGAAAAUAAAGAGAAAAAGGAAGAUGUUAUAGAAUUUGUUGAUAAGAAAAUGUUGGAUGUAUUGUUAGAUGAUGUUGACCACAUCUGUGUUUAUUUCUAUGAAAAAUCAUGCACUGAAUGUGAAAAAAUCAUCAAUGAACUAGAGAAUAUUGAUGAUGAUACUGAUAAACAUGGAAUCCAUUUCAUCAAGACUGAUGACGUCAGACUAGCUGAAGAACUUGGAGUCAUCGAAUUUCCCAGCCUUGUAUAUUUUGAGCAUAAAAUACCCAGCAUUUAUCCAGGUGAUUUAUUGAACUCAAAUAAGGUGCUGGAGUGGCUUUUGAAGGAAAAGAAUGAAGACACCAUUGAAAAUAUCAACCGUGAAAUGUUUUUAAAACUCAUUGAAGACAGAGAGUUCUUAGCAGUCUUUUUCUAUGGAGAGAGUGACAAAGAAAGUGAGGAUGUUACCCAUCACCUGGAGAAAAUAGAUCACAUCUGCACAGAGUAUGAUGUUCAUCUGGUCAAAAUGUCUGACAAAUUCAUGGCAAAAAAAUAUGGAGUGAAAAAUCCACCUGGUCUUGUGCUUUUCAGAAAUGGAAAACCAAUUAAAUAUCCAGGAAAACUUAAGGACGAGGAAGAAGUCCUGGAGUUUCUUACAAGCCCAGAAAAUAUGGCCGUGAGUGAUAUUAUAGAAAAAGUAAACACCAGAAUGUUUGACCGAAUUCUACACAGAUUCGAUUAUGUUGCUGUUUUCUUCUUUGGUUCUGGUUGCAAGACGUGUCCAAAAGUAUUGGAUGAACUUGAAAAAAUAGACGAUGAAGCUGAGGCGGAAGGAAUCCAUAUCGUCAAAAAUGACGACAGCAGUCUCGCGAAAAGAUAUGGAAUCUUUGCCUUCCCUGCUCUCUUGUUCUUCCAUGGCCCUCAAUCUGAGCCUAUUAUUUAUGCUGGUGACAUCAAAAAUGGCCGACGAAUGCUAGACUGGUUAUUAGGACAAAAAGAUCCGAGUGCUGACGUCAUAGAAGAAAUUGAAGGGGACGAGUUACGAAAAUUGAUUCAAACUGCUGAUCAUUUGGCUGUAUUUUAUUACGAUAAAGCGUUGUGCUCCAACUGUGAAAGUGAGAAGAUUGAUGCAAUGGAGUGUGAAGACUGUCAGAUUAUAAUGGCUGAGUUAGAAGAUAUUCACGAUGACACUAAACGAAAUGGUAUUGAAUUUAUUAAAACAACAGAUCUCAUAGUUGCCAAGUCUUAUGGAAUAAAAAUAACUCCAGCUCUAGUAUAUUAUGAGAACGAAGCACCCAGCAUCUAUGAAGGAGAUCUUGCCGAUGAAAAUGAAGUGUUUGAAUGGCUUCUUCAUCAAAAGUCAGAAGAUACUAUUGAAACAGUAAACAAAGCCAUGUUAGAAAAGAUGAUCGAAGAGAGUCAGUAUUUGGCUGUUUUCCUUUAUAAACCUCACUGUCGAGCCUGUGAACUAGCCCUAUUAGAAUUGGAAAAUAUUGAUGACGAUACGGAUUUGUACGGAAUCACUGUGGUUCGUAUAUUCGAUAUGGAAAUUUCAAAACGCUAUGGUAUCAAAACUUUUCCUGCUUUGAUAUACUUCAGGAACGGAAAUCCUUUGAUUUUUGAUGCUGACUUAAAGAAUGAAGAAAUGGUUCUGGAAUGGUUGAUAGACGACGAUAACAGAGAACUUCCAGAUGAGAUUGAAACAAUCAACCUCAGAAUGUUGAAUAAACUUGUUGAAGAGUCACCUUUCCUCGCUGUCUACUUCUAUGAAUUAAAUAAUCAUGACUGCGAAAGAGUGCUGAUGGAAUUGGAACAUAUCGACGAAAGAUGUGAUACUUUCGGGAUAGACUUGGUAAAAAUAUACGAUCCUGAAGCUGUUAAAGAGUAUAAUGUGACAUCUGUUCCAGCAAUUGCAUUUUUCCGAAAGCAAGUUGCUAUGUUUUACGAAGGUGAUUUGUACGAUGAAGAACUCUUACUAAAAUGGUUGACAAGUAAUGAAAUUUUUGAAAUUGCUGACGAAAUUGAAGAAGUUAAUCGAAAGAUGUUGGAAAAGUUACUCGAGGAUAAUGAAUUCAUUGCCGUUUUCUUUUAUGAAAGCAAUUGUGAAAAAUGUGACGAAGCUCUUAGAGAAUUAGAGCAUGUUGAUGAUGAUGCUGAUGACUUGGACAUCAUGUUCGUUAAAAUUAAGGACCGCCGUUAUGGUAAAAAAUUCGGCAUCACUCAAUAUCCAUCACUGGUAUAUUUUAGGAAGAAAUUUCCAUCCAUCUACAGAGGAAAUUUACUCGAAGAAGAAGAAGUAUUGGAAUGGCUACGAAAAAAUAGAUAUAGGCAUCCGGAAAUGAACCUUUUCAUGUACGGGCUGGCUGCUAUUUUCGGAAGUUUCAUCCUUUACACAGUGUUUUUAAUCUACUGUCACAAAAAUAAGGAAAAGAAAGAAUAAAUUGUAUUAAUAUCUAUUUAAAUUUGGUACACAAAGUGAUUCAGACUUAAAUUUUGAUAAAAAUUUAAUAGACUUACCUAGGCAAAACUUAUAUUCUAAAUUUAAUCUAAGUAAUGAGAAGAAAAAUUUCUUAUUUAAAAAUUUUAUUUUGUAUACCAAGUUCAAACUUCAUAAUUAUAAAAAACUUUCCAGUAUUUUUUUUUCUUUAAAUAUUUCAACUUAUGAUAUCGUAUGUUAAAUAUUUAUACGCUCAAUACGUAUGGUUAACUUUACUCAUGCCAUAUGUUGAAGAUAUCAGUUGAAAAAGCAGGUUAUGUGUUGUUUUGAUUUGAGUUGCAACGCUUAGCAAGAGGUCAAUACUCAUGAUAGCCAGUUCUGCACUUGGCUUUAAGACAGUUGUUAUGACAGACAGGUGAUUUGGAUUUCUUAAAGUGUUCAUCAUAUUAAGUGUAAGAGCUGCGAUGGAAUAAAUUUGCAUUUGUUUUGUACAUUUGUGUUUCUCAUAAGUAUGUUACACAUUUCGUGCCCAUUGUAACUUUUUUUAUUUGUUAAUUAAAAAAAACUAUAUCUUGA